AUGUAUGCGGAUAAUCAUAUCCUAACUGCGCAACUGUCGCCAGUCGCGAACAGGAACAGGCCACGGCCCGCUGCCUUCCUGACCGGUAGGCAGAGGCGUCGUCUCACCCGCCGCUCUCACCUGCCACAAUUUGCCGCGGAAGCAGCAGCAAGUGAGUCAAGCGAGUCAAGCGAGCCUACGGUAGUCCAAACAAGUAUCAAUCUCGUCGCUCCAUAUGAAGCCAUGCGGACAGCAACUCCACCCGGCCCGGCACACGGCACGCUGGGUCGUAUCUCGCCUUCCAGCUCAGACUACGCCUAUCCUUCACGUAGACCGACUUCAGCAGGUACGCCUAUCGCAGACGCAGGCGGCAAGAAGAAGUUUGGGCUCUUCAAUUUGAAUACGACCAGGGCCACUGACCCAUCUGAGAGCAUGGCCAUCACCUCGCCUUUACCCCCGAUGACACCUUCCAAGGCUAAACAGUUGCUUGGGUUUCACCCCGAAGACGCUCGCAACAGCAGAGACAGACUAGAUAGCCCUUCUGAACAGCUUAGAAGCAACAAGUCGAUCAGGUCCAAGGAUGAGAAUGUAGAUGUUAAUCCAGCAAAGAAGUUGUCGUUCUGGGAUAACAAUAAAAAGGGUUUGAAAAGAUUCGACAUGCGACCACGACAUACAAAGCAUGCCAAAGACGGAGGUACCCUUGAUGCCACCUUCGAAGGCUUUCUCAUGGAUCCGCGCAUCGAAUUUCAGUCGUCACGACGUAAUCGCCGCAAGAAAGCUCACAAGUCGCUUCAUAGAAUGGCACCGAUUACGGAAAUGUCGCACGACGGGUUGAACGCCGCAUAUCGUAACAUCGAAUCCAAUACUGAGUUGGACGUCAUCUCUGAGUAUGAAUCCCCUGGUCCACAGGCCCCUCGAAAUGCAUUUUUCCUUCAACGUUCCCAGACAGAGUCGGUGAUUACCAGCCUUGGUCCCUUCACGCUAUCAGAGGGCGACAUCUCACCGUCUGAUAGGGACCACGAAGACGUGGAACAAAAUGAUGCGUCGCAUCUAGGCUCUCAGGCAAAUCCAAACCACUUGAAGUCGAAGCAGCCAGAGGCUCCUCCAUGGCGCAGUCCUCUGCAGCGUUACGAAACCGGUCUUCUUGAUGAUCUCGAGGAAGAAUUGAAGCUUCAUGUGACGAAAUUGGAUAGGUCUGACGCUGCUCGAACCAAGCUCGACGCAGAGGUAGCGGAAAUGAAGAGGAGGCAUGUUGAGUUCAAGCGCGAGUUUGAAGCAAUGGAGCAGCAGCAAUCAGUUAGGUACAGCAAGCCGGUGGACGCCAGUGAUACUGUCAGCGGUAAAGUCAAGGGGAAGAACAACAAUAUCAACAACGGAAACGAAGAUGAAGAAGAAGAUGAUGAUGAUCUAAACUCGAUCAAUAGCAGCAUCGACAUCGACGAGGAACCUGUCGUGUGCGAAGCACGUGCCAUGACAUUCGUAAACGCAACUGGACUUGUGAAGCCCAUUUAUAUCACCAAGCGCAAGACGGAUGUCGCUCUACGCUCAAAGAACGACGAAGGCUCUCUGCUUGUCAGCCCCACACACAUGCGCAACACUAGCUACGACCGCUUCACAAAGGAUGCCAAACCAAAGAUGUCCCGCAGCGAAUCACAACUGCUUGUCCAGGACUGGGUAACCAGAUAUGAUCGCAACCAGCAACGUCCGGUCUCUGAACGCAUCGACCCCGACGUCCUCGCCGAUCAAAGAAUACCACCCGCUCCUUUUCCGAAGGACGAGCCUGGCUCUCCCCAUCCACCGCGAAGCUCUUCGAGAUAUCACUGCCUCCAGAAUGGCCACAUCUUCCGCGCUAUUGAUCUUAAGAAAGUUCCAGACGAGGUCGGCAUUAAUAACUUGGAGGUUCGACCGUAUCUUCGGACUCACUCGGGCAUUAAGCAGCACGUUCGUGUUCCGGUUUCUUGCGGUAGAUGCGGAGAAGAUGUCGACGAGAAGCUUUGGGAAUGCAAAGUCCCCGUGUGUCACAUUGCUGUCUGUGGACUGUGUGCGGUGAACAUGCGGAUUGAGCGGGAGGAGAGGGCGGUUGCAAGUCGCGUGCCUGGGACCUGGACGAAUGCAAACGUCGGGUCUCUAUACGGGAGCUUCUUGGAGAAGUACCUAGAAGUUCCCACAAUGCCAAUUCCUCAAAAUUCGGAUUCAAUCUGCGUCCACGAUACCACUUGA